AUGCAGGUGUACACUGAGCUCGCGGCUCCCUCAGCCGUCACGCACUCCCUGAGCCUGCCGCUCACCUCGCCCUCGGCCAGCAACCUCGUCGUCGCCAAGGGCUCGCUGCUGCAAAUCUUCGCGACGCGCGCCAUCUCCGCCGAGCUCGACCCCCAAAGCCAAAAGGAAGACGCGCCCACGGUCGACGCCCACUUUGACCGCCGCGCCAACGACGACGAUGGCCUCGAGGCCUCCUUCCUCGGCGGCGAGACCAUGCUCGUCCGCGCCGACCGCUCCACCAACACCAAGCUCGUCCUCGUCGCCGAGAUCCCGCUCGCCGGGACCGUCAUCGGCCUGGCCCGCAUCAGAGCCAAGACGGCGUCGGGCGGCGACGCGCUGCUGCUCGCCUACCGCGCUGCCAAGAUGUGCCUGACCGAAUGGAAUCCGCAGAGGAACACGCUCGAGACGACGUCGAUACACUACUACGAAAAGGACGAGCUGCAGGGCGCACCGUGGGAGGUGUCCUUUGGCGAAUACGCCAAUUACCUCGAGGCCGACCCAGGGAGCAGGUGCGCCGCCUUCAAGUUUGGCACGCGCAACCUGGCCAUCCUGCCCUUUGCGCAGUCCGAGGAGGACCUCGAAAUGGACGACUGGGACGAGGACCUCGACGGGCCGCGGCCGGCCAAGGAGCCCACCACCAACGGGGACGACAAGCAGGCCGCCUAUACCCCUUCGUUUGUCCUGCGCCUGCCGCUGCUCGACCCCACGCUGCUACACCCCGUUCACCUCGCGUUCCUGCACGAGUACCGCGAACCGACUUUUGGCAUCCUGUCAUCGAGCCAGGCCCCGUCCCCGGCGCUGGGCGUGAAGGACCACCUGUCGUACAAGGUCUUUACGCUAGACCUCAAGCAGCGGGCGUCGACGGCAAUCCUUUCGGUGACGGGACUACCCCGCGACCUGUUCAAGGUCGUUGCGCUGCCGGCGCCCAUGGGAGGAGCCCUGCUCAUCGGCGAGAAUGCGCUCGUUCACAUCGAUCAGUCCGGCAAGCCCAAUGGCGUGGCCGUCAACGACAUGGCCAAGCAGACGACUGCCUUCAGUCUCGCCGACCAGUGCGACCUCGGCAUGCGCCUGGAGGGCUGCGCUGUGGAGCAACUCGCGCCCGACAAUGGCGAGCUUCUGCUGGUGCUCAACGACGGCCGCCUUGCCAUCGUCUCGUUCAAGAUUGACGGCCGUACCGUGUCCGGCAUCAACGUCAAGCCGAUUGCCCCAGAGAGCGGUGGCCACCUGAUCAAAAGUGGCGUGUCAUGCGUCUCGCGGCUGGGCAAAAACUCCUUCUUCCUCGGCAGCGAGACCGGCGACUCGACGGUGCUGGGCUGGUCGCGGAAGCAGACGCAAGAGAAGCGCAAGAGGAGAGCGCUCGAUCCCGACCUGGGGCUCGACGUGGACGAGCUGGACCUAGAUGACGACGAGGACGACGACUUGUACGGCAACGACGCCGAGGCGAAGCCGUCGCUGGCCGUCAACGGGACCUCCAAGCCGGGCGACAUUGUCUUUCGGAUCCAAGACUCGCUGCUCAGCAUCUCGCCGAUUCUCGACGUGGCGACGGGCAGCCCCCAGUUUCUGCCCGACAGCGAAGAGGCCACCCUGGCCAAGGGCGUGUCCGCGGAGCUGCAGCUGGCGUGCGCCGUCGGGCGCGGCAAGGCAGGAUCCAUCGCCAUCCUCAACCGCGAGAUCCAGCCCAAGGUCAUUGGCCGCUUCGAGUUCCCCGAGGCGCGCGGCUUCUGGACCAUGUGCGUCAAGAAGCCCAUGUCCAAGGUGCUGGGCGCCGGCGCCUCGGUGGGCCAAGACUACGACCCGCCCGCCCAGUACGACAAGUACAUGAUCGUGGCCAAGGUCGACCUCGACGGGUACGAGACGUCCGACGUGUACGCGGUGACCGGGGCGGGGUUCGAGACGCUCAAGGAGACCGAGUUCGAGCCGGCGGCGGGCUUCACCGUCGAGGCGGGCACCAUGGGCAAGCAGAUGCGCGUGAUCCAGGUCCUCAAGUCGGAGGUGCGGUGCUACGACGGCGACCUUGGGCUGGCGCAGAUCCUGCCGAUGCUGGACGAGGAGACGGGCGCCGAGCCGCGGGUGAUGAGCGCGAGCAUCGUCGACCCGUACCUGCUGCUGAUACGCGACGACGGCAGCGUCUUCAUCGCGCAGAUUGACAGCAGCAACGAGCUCGAGGAGGUGGAGAAGACGGGGCUGCAGUCCAAGUGGGUGUCGGGCUGCCUGUACAACGAUGCCGCGGGCGCCUUUCAGCUGGGGCAGCCCGCCGAGACGAUAAUGAUGUUUCUACUAAACGCUUCCGGGGCGCUGCAUGUCUACGCGCUCCCCGACCUUUCCAAACCGGUGUUCGUGGCAGAGUGCCUCACGUCGAUUCCGCCUUUUCUGUCUGCAGACUUUGUUGCCCGGCGAGGGGCGAGCAAGGAGAGCGUGUCUGAGAUUCUCGUGGCGGAUUUGGGCGACGCAGUAUCCAAGACGCCAUACCUCAUUGUGCGACAUUCCACAGACGACUUGACCCUGUACGAGCCGAUCAAGCACCAGCAGGACGGCCAGGCGACGCUACUGUUCAAGAAGGCAACGAAUGCCACCAUGGCCAAGGGCCCUGAGGAGACACCGCAGGACGAAGAGGCCGAGCCCCCGCGAUUCUUCCCGUUGAGAGCGUGCGCCAACGUGGGCGGCUACAGCGCCGUCUUCAUGCCCGGCCCGUCGCCGAGCUUUGUCCUCAAGAGCAGCAAAAGUAUUCCCAGGGUGAUUGGCCUGCAGGGCGUCGGCUCGCGCGGCAUGAGCACGUUCCACACCGAGGGCUGCGAUCGCGGGUUCAUCUACGCCGACUCGGAGGGCGUCGCGCGGGUCACGCAGCUGCCGGAGGCGACCAACCUCACCGAGCUCGGCCUCUCGGUCAAGAAGAUUCCGCUGGACCAAGACAUCCGCAACGUCUCGUACCACCAGCCGACGGGCACCUACAUCGCGGCCUGCACGACGUACGAGCCGUUUGAGCUGCCGCGCGACGACGACUACCACAAGGAGUGGGCGAGGGAGACUAUUACGUUCCCGCCGACGAUGGCGCGCGGCGUGCUCAAGCUCAUCAACCCGGCGACGUGGACCGUCAUCCACAGCCUCGAGCUGGAGCCGUGCGAGUCGAUCGAGAGCAUGCGGACGCUGCACCUCGAGGUGUCGGAGGAGACGAGGGAGCGGCGGAUGCUGGUGGCGGUGGGCACGGCGCUGUCCAAGGGCGAGGACCUGCCGACGCGCGGGCGCGUGCAGGUGUUUGACAUUGUCGCCGUCAUCCCCGAGCCGGGCCGGCCCGAGACGAACCGGCGGCUGAAGCUCAUCGCGAAAGAGGAGAUACCGCGAGGCGGCGUCACGGCGCUGUCCGAGAUUGGCACGCAGGGCCUGAUGCUCGUCGCACAGGGGCAAAAGUGCAUGGUGCGGGGCCUCAAGGAGGACGGCUCGCUGCUGCCCGUGGCGUUUCUCGACAUGAACUGCCACGUCGCCAGCGCCAAGGGGCUGCCGGGCACGGGCCUGUGCCUCAUGGCCGACUCGUUCAAGGGGCUGUGGUUCGCAGGCUACACCGAGGAGCCGUACACGUUCAAGGUGCUCGGCAAGAGCAGCGGGACCCUGCCGCUGCUGGUGGCCGACUUUCUGCCCGACGGCGAGGACCUGUCUCUGGUGGCAGUGGACGCCGACGGGGACAUGCACAUCCUCGAGUUUGACCCAGAGCAUCCCAAGAGUCUUCAGGGGCACCUGCUGCUCCACCGCGCCUCCUUUUCCGUCACGCCCAACCCGCCGACGUCGAGCCUCCUCCUCCCGCGCACCUCGAAGCAACACCCCAAGUCGCACGUCCUGUUCCUGGCGUCGCCGUCGGGCCAGCUGUCGGCGCUGACGCCGCUGCCCGAGUCGACGUACCGGCGCCUCCUGUCCGUGACGAACCAGCUGCACCCGGCGCUGGUGCCGCACGCGGGGCUGCACGCCAAGGCGUACCGCAUCCCCGACACGCACGGGCGCAACGCGUCCAUCGGCGUCGAGACGGCCGCGUCGUGGGGCAGGGCCGUGGUGGACGGCGCGGUGCUGGCGCGCUGGACCGAGCUGGGCGCGGCGAAGCGCAGCGAGAUUGCCAGCAGGGGCGGCUACGACAGCGCGGCGGACCUGAGGGCGGACCUGGACGCUGUCCUGGGGUGGAGCGGCAUGGCGUACUUUUAA